AUGGACGACGUUCUCAAUGAGCAGUUUGGCCGGGUCGAGAGGGCCCUGACCACCCUGGUUGACUCAAUCGCCGCCUACAACCCAGCUACUCAAGCCGCAAUCGACCUCGUGGCCGCUGACGACCAGCUGAGUGACGGCCUCGACCAGCUCGCCAGACACCAAGCAAAUCAUGGCCGCAUCCAGGCCCUGCGUGCAGAGGCAGAUGCUCUAGAAGCCCAGCUUAGAGACUCGGUCAGGAAGCUUGCAGAACUACGCCGCGAGCUGUUCAACACACCCGCCACAACAUUCCCCCCGGAAUCGCGUGCUGUGCCAUUUGACGAGCUCCUACAGUACGCCACCAACAUCUCGAGGUACACUGUGCCCCCGACAUAUCGCGAGCGUGUCCCUACCACCGACAAGGACGACGACGAUGUGGGCUCGAGCGGUGCGCCCACUAAUGGCAUGAACACGCCCGCCAUCGUGCCAGACGCCGUAGACCUACCCAAUGAUAGCUCCGAGGCACAGAAGGCUGGCGAAGACGCAGAUGGAGCUGUGCCCGACAUCACUGCCGAAGAGGAAGAGUGGCUCAGAAAACUGAAAGCCAGCAAUCUGGCAUGGUACCCCUGGCCAAGCACCGACAAGAUUCGCAAUGGUAUUCUCUAUCGUCUCUCGUACUGGCGCGAGAAGGGCAACGACCUGGACCAGUUCGACAUACCAGCGUAUCUAGAAGAGCAAAGAAAGAAGGCUCUGGGUAAUGAGGCGAGUCUGGAAGAGACUCCAGCGGAACCAACAGAGGAACAACCACAUCGGGAAGCUGCAAGGCCAACAAGGCCGCUUAGUGCCUUUACCGGUCUUGAUGACAUGGACGAAAUGUAA